AUGGCAUGCCAUGGUCCGAAAGGGGAACCAACUUGCAAGCGUCCCAGGACAGAGCCGUUCCGGAGGGGAAAUCAUAGUGCAGAGGAGCAUGUCGACCAACGGAUGCUCAGAGUUUUCAUGGAUGCACCAUCAGGAUCAUUCAACUCUGGUAAUGGAAAUCGGAUACGACUGCCACUUAGGCUUCCGGCACAUUUUCGCUCAACAAGUGAAAAUGACGAAAAUACUGGAAUUCUAAUGAACCGUUCAGCAGGAGCCGAGAACACUCAGGGCCGACAGAUUUUGGCAAUCAUAGAUGAAGACUCACCAUCCUAUGUUUUGGACGAUCACAAGAACAACCUAUGGCCAAACCUCUUUGCAGCCGUUCAAACAUUUCGAUACGUCUACUUUAUUCAAAAACUGAAGUGGACGCUGAAGUCUCGUGUUCAUGAGGAUCUGAUGAAAGAUUAUGAGAAUGGUUUGGAGUACUUGUUGGGUCAGAAGAAGCCAGUUGGACCAUUCAAAACAGAGGAGCAAGUAGCUGCUUUGGAAGAUUAUUUGAGCCGCCGCAAGGCUAUCCUUAUCGAGGCCGCCAAAGAAUACCAUGAUGGCAACGAGUCUUGCCCAGGACUUGAGCAUGAGCUUGGACACAUGUUCCCAGUCAAGACCUCUCACAACAUGAUCGAGUACCUCAAGGUGGCCUUCCAACAAUUCAACUACGACGGACCAAUCUACACUUCCAACGUUGACUAUCCAGAAAUCCAGGAGCUUACACCACAAGCACGCGAGAUCAUGGAGCUGUCCAUCUGCAAUCACAAGAGUGUGGAAUCCCGCGAAAUCCUUAUCAGCAUGGUCGCGAAAACUCAAGAUCUCACUGAUAACAACAUGGAAGCACUGAACGAGUUGAUCACCGAGAUGAACUUCAUGUUCGAUCGAAACUUUGAAUGCAACAUUAUUCGAGAAGCAAAAGAAGCCAGAGCAGUGGAUGCCCAAAUUAGACAAAGAAUUGAAGAUCAAAACAGAGCGGCUGAACGAGCACACGUGGCUCAACCCCAUUGUACAUGUGGAACUGCAAGGGCUCUGAAAUCUGCUCAAGCUGCUAAGGCUGCUAAGGCUGCAAAGGCUGCAAAGGAAGCUGCUGCAGCUCAGGAGGCUGCUAGGCUUGCUGGAGAAGCUGCCGCGGCUGCUAAACUCACCGAAGAACGUGAAAAUGCCAGAGCUGCUCGUGCAGCUGCCGCCAAGAAGAAGCUCGAUGAUGAUGAAUCAAUUUACCACAACACCUUCCGCAGUCUUCAUAAGAUCAACAGAACUACUCGCUACGGUAGCCAAUCUCCAAGCCCAUGUCCUUCCCCAAAAGUUUAA